GUCGAGCUAUCUAUAAGAUUUAUUAUCUCCCACUCUUAGCUCACCACAUUGGAUGGUCAGCGCUGGUGAAUGGCCGAGCUGCCGGGCUCUUUGACCGCAACCAUGGCCGACUUGGAGGAGGGCGUUGCCACAUCGCCCGAGGAGGGCACUGCUACAUCUCCAGCCGUGAUCGUGGGGAAGAGGAUCUCAGAGGGCAAAGAAGGCGAAAACAAGAUGCGGAGAGCGCGCAGUGGUGACUCUGUAGAUACCAUUUGGGAGGAAGCUGAAGGAGCAAACGAGGAUGACUUGGAAGAGACGACCCGUGGAACCAAGGAGGAGACCGUCUUCCGAAAGUUGGAUCUGCUGGUGACCAAAAAGUGGGGUGCGAAAGGCAGUGAGAAGAGGCCCACCGUGACGGAGGAGGAGAUGAAAAAGCACACCAGCGAGGAGGACUUUUGGGUCAUGAUCAAUGGCAUGGUCUUCGACAUGGGGCCCUUCCUCCGCGAGGAGGCGAAGCACCCGGGCGGAACAGCGAUUCUGCUGCGGCAGCUUGAACUGAGCGGAUCCGAUGCGGGCGAUCGCUUUGUUCGUUGGCACAAUGCAGCAGGGAACGCUGUCCGCAGAGCUCCUAAAUACUUUGUGGGCGAUUUAUUGGGCUGGAAGCCGCCUAGGCGCUGGAGGCUUUGCUGUCGAAGGAGACCGCGGGAGUCGCUCUGAGAGGGCAGGAGUCGCUCUGUGUGAAGAGGGGCCCCCAGUCGAUCACGUGCAAGUCGAGCUUGGUUUUUUAGAGACCAG